AAUGCAGAACACAUUAUAUCAAUGACGCACAAACUAUUGCACAUUUGUGCUACAACCAGAGGAUGAAUUGGGCUGGGAUGUUCACGGCAAACAGAGCUUUAAACGCUGUUCAUGGCCAGUACUGUUGGUGUGUGUGUGUGUCUGUAGGUCAGUCAUGAAGUCCAGCAGUUCUGCUCUCUAUGUCCUGAUCUUACUGAUCUCUACAUUCACUAAUGUGUCUGGAACCAAUUCCACUGAAGUAAAGGUGAAGCUGAAUGACUCAGUGACUCUCCCCUGCUAUGACAGAUGUUCUGGGUUGGCCAGAUGGCGCCACAACUCUGGUGUUGUUGUGGCUCAGUGUAACCAGACUACAUGCCAGUCAGUGAAGGAUGGAUUUGAGAUGUUCCAUGAUCUGUACCUGGAAGGGAAUAACUCCCUCGUCAUACCUGUUGCAGAUCCCAGUAAGAUCGGCGAGUACACAUGUCGAUGUGACCAUGAGACCAUCAUUACUGUGCAGCUUCAUAUUGAAUCUCCUCUUCCAGUGAAGGUGAGUCUUCAUGGGUCUGCUACUCUCUACUGCUAUGAGAACUGCUCUGGUUUGGUCAGUUGGUUCAGAAAUAGGAAUUAUGUUCCAGCUGAGUGCAAUCAGACUUCAUGCAGAUCAAAGGAGGGAUAUCAGAUGAUCCAUGAUCAGUACCUGAAGGGGAAUCUCUCUCUCAUCAUCACUGACGCUGAUUUCAGUAUGAGAGGCUGGUACACAUGUCAGUGUGAUGGGACAGACCUCAGAGAUGUGGAAUUCAGCAUUAUUGCUCUGAAUUCUACAGUCCAGAUAAAACCUGGGGAAUCUCUGGUGCUGGAUUUGGAAAUACCAGAGCAAGUGGAGGUGCUUUAUGAGAGCACAGGUGUAGGUGAUUCUUCCAGCAGUCCGAUCUGUACAGUGGAUGGACGCUCGUCACAGUGCAGUGGUGAUUAUAAACAGAGAGUGUUGUUCUCACCUGCUCUUGAGCUGAAACGAAUGAACCUGUCUGAUAGUGGAGUUUACACCAUUCGGGAUGCCAGAACUAAGGAGGUCAUUCAUGUCUACACAGUGACUGUCAGAGAUGAUCCACAUCCACACAGAAGAGAGAUUGUUUUGUCAGUGCUGGAGUUGACAGGGAUAGUGGUGGGGACUGCAAGCUGUACUGUUAUUAUUUGUGUAACAUAUUUGGUGAUUGUGGGAAUAUGUAUGAAGAAAAGUAGUCAAUGUGGACGAGGUAUUGAGAUGAAUUAUGCCGCAGGAAAUGGAGAGGACAAUCUGGUUUCAGAAGAGGAGGACAUCCUGCCACCUGACCAACAAUAACCUGUAACUCUGAUUCUACUGUAACUCUGACAGCUCCGUAUAUAGUGAAUCAGUCCACAGGGAAAACUGAUUCACACACCAACUUGCAAGAAUGGUGGGACACUGAUUACUCAAUUAUGACUUUGCGCAACAUUGACUGAGCAGCUCAUUCACUGUGCUUUGAUUACUGAUACUGUCAUUUUUAGGAUUGAUAUAUGUUCACAGUUCAUAAACAUCUUUUUUUGUCAUUGUGUUUACACUGGAUAACAAUUAUGUACACGUUCUUUUGAUAAGUGGUGAUAAGAUUUCAACUUAGCUUUUAAUUUGAUGAAUAUCAUCAAGCUCUUUCAAAAGUUAAUAGAAUUUAACAUUAAUUUUAAGGAAACAGUCUGUUAAAAACAACAAAGUCGAUGUUCCUUA